GGCUUUCAAACGACCAAUACAAAUAUCUCAUAAUCUUAAUUACAACCGGACGGUGAUUAUUUAUGGCGUCAACUUCCAGCUCCGGUCAGAUCUCAGUGGUGAACCCUCAAUUCUGUACAGCUUACCCAGUUGAUAUGACCAUAAAACAGAAGCUCUCCACCCUAAGUAAAACCAAAUACGUCGUCACCGGCGUUAAUGGAGAUAUCCUGUUUCAGGUGACAGGGAACUUCUUCGGCCUCCAUGUCCGUCGCUUCCUCCUUGAUCCUGCCGGAAACACCAUCCUCACUCUUCAGCAAAGUAGUAUGAGCAUGCAUUCAAGAUGGGAAGUUUUCAGGGGAGACAGUACAGAUUAUAAGAAUCUAUUAUUUAGCGUGAAGAGGUCGAAUAUAUUCCAAAUAAAGACUGAAUAUGAUGUUUUCAUGGCUACCAAUCCAGAGGAAAAUGAUUGCUGUGAUUUCAAAAUCUGUAAAAAAGAGAUCUAUGCUGGAAACACUAAAAACAUUGCUAUUGCUCAGAUGCACAAUCACAUUGGUUUUAUGAGUAACAAAUACUCUGUUACUGUUUAUCCUAAUGUUGAUUGCGUCUUUAUAAUUGCACUAGUUGUGAUUUUUGAAGAGAUCCAAUCAAGUGCAAGAAGACAUAAUAAUAAUGGAGGAAUGUGAUCAUAUAGUUUUGCAAUUUCUUUCCUCUAUAUUUUAUAUAGAACUAUCAAAUGAGGACAAUUGUUUUCAGUCAAUGUUUGAUUUUGAUAGUUGGUGUUGCAUAGUUUUUUGUUUUUGUUUUGUUUUGUUUAAGUGGGUCUUUACUUGUGAUGAUGUUGAUGUUGGGUUAUUUGUUGUAUCUUGAUUUGAUUUCGACAGACAAAUUAUGUAAUGAUUAGUAUUUCUUGUAUCUUUAUUAACUU